UUGGUGGAGACGGUUAUGGCAAAAUUCGCAGUGACAGACGGGAAGCUAAGUGAAUAUAAUAAAAGAGAAGCAAAAAUUAAAGUGCUGCAGUGGGUGUAUGCGGCGCAUAUGGGACGUAUUACAACAAGGAAACGACAGACUUGCGCCGCUAUAACCAACAGCCCAUUUCACGGAUGAGGUCCAAAGCAGCCGUCAGAGAGGAGUGAGCUGCCCUCGCCGAAGGAGCACAGCGCGCCUGCAGAACCACCGGCCCGCCCUCCACUCUUCCUGUUGCUGCAGGAUCGAGUGGGCAACAUUUUCUACUUGAACGAGUCCCCGAGAUCUUUCGAAACUGUUUCUCCAACGCUUCUACCGAAAACUUAGACUGUUUUCCACAGCAGAACCGGCCCAGCCCUCCCAGGCGGAAGCAAUGGGGAGUGUGCGAAGCCACCGGUACAGCAUCGUGUCCUCGGAGGAAGACGGCAUGAAGCUGGCCACCAUCGCUGUGCCGAAUGGCUACGGGAACGGCAACGUCAGCAAGGUGCACACGGAGCGCAAGCAUCAGAACCGCUUCGUGAGGAAGGACGGCCACUGCAACGUGCAGUUCAUCAACAUGAGCGAGAAGGGCCAGCGGUACCUGGCCGAUAUCUUCACCACCUGCGUGGACGUCCGCUGGCGCUGGAUGCUGCUCAUAUUCUGCCUCUCUUUCCUGCUGUCGUGGUUGUUUUUUGGCUUUGUCUUCUGGGUGGUGGCCCUCUGUUACGGGGACUUGAACAACAAGACUCAGAUCUGUGUUUCCAACGUGGACAGCUUCACCGCUGCCUUCUUGUUCUCGGUGGAGACACAGACCACUAUCGGCUACGGCUAUCGCUACGUGACAGAGGAGUGCCCCGUGGCGGUCUUCGUGGUCGUCUUCCAGAGCAUCGUGGGCUGCAUCAUCGACGCUUUCAUCAUCGGUGCCGUCAUGGCCAAGAUGGCCAAGCCCAAGAAGAGAAACGAGACCCUGGUGUUCAGCCACUACGCUACGGUGGCCAUGAGGGACGGUAAACUGUGCCUGAUGUGGCGCGUGGGGAACCUCAGGAAGAGUCACCUGGUGGAGGCCCACGUCAGGGCCCAGCUGCUCAAGACCCGCACCACCGCCGAGGGGGAGUUCAUCCCCCUCGACCAGAUGGACAUCGACGUGGGCUUCGACAGCGGAAUCGACAGAAUCUUCCUGGUGUCGCCGAUCACCAUCGUGCACGAGAUCGACGAGGACAGCCCUUUCUACGAGAUGAGCAGACAGGAGCUGGAGACGUCGGAGUUCGAGAUCGUAGUGAUCCUGGAGGGCAUGGUGGAGGCCACCGCCAUGACUACUCAGUGCCGCAGCUCCUACCUGGGCAGCGAGAUCCUGUGGGGCUACCGCUUCGAGCCGGUGCUCUUCGAAGAGAAGAACUACUACAAAGUCGACUACUCUCGCUUUGAAAACACGUACGAGGUUCCCAGCACGCCCCACUGCAGCGCCAGGGAACUAGCCGAGAGGAAGUCCGAUGCGUCCAGCUCGAGGAACUCCUUUUGCUACGAGAACGAAGUGGCUCUCGAAAAGGUCGAGAUGGAGGAGGAGGAGUUUGACGUGGAGGAAAACAUGGAGGCGAGGGGCGUCGAGGUCGGUGCGCUGGAGCGCACAAGCACAGACGUGGCUUCGGACUCUGAAGGCAACCUGGACUCUUUGCCUUUGGAAACAAGGCCGCUGACAGCAGAAUCUGAAAUAUGACUGCAGGUAUAAAAAAAAAUGUAAAAAAAGAAGGCAACUACCACGGUGUAUGUUGAAAAAAAAUGAAUCUGAUCCUGAUUGGCUGUUCUUUAUGAUGCAUGACAGUAUGUAAAAGGCUGCGAUUUGAGGAUGCAGUUCUGUAUGCAGACGCUUGUGCACAAGACACCAUGAGACUCCACACACGCUGUAUGUGAUGGUGAAAGCGCUGACAAACGGAGUGGUGGCAUGGAGCUACACGUGUAACAUGGGCAGGGUGCCUUCCCUCGCACACUGUGCAGUCUACCCUUCUUAGAAUAUUUUUUGAAAAAUAGAGUGGAGGUUCAGCAAAAUGCAUCCAAGUGCAAGGGCUAAGCGCUCAACACCUGACUAAAGUAUUUAAAUAUACAUCUAUAAAAAGGGAACCUAAAUCAAAAACCAACCCAAAUGUACGCAUUUCUAGUCAUUUUAAGUCUGAGCAUGUUUUGUUAGACCAUCCACAGCAUCAAACCUCCUGCACAAAGGUCACCGUUAGUUAAUGAGCUGGUCUCUUAGCAAAGUGUAUUUACGGCCCUCCUCAAUGUGGUGGUCUUGGUGUUGCUCCCCUAGCUGGACACAGGAAAAGACAAUAUGCUCCUCCGGGCUAUCAUCUCGUCCCAAGUUAGCAUCUCUUGCAACGUGCGCCUUAACAGAAACAGUCUCAGUCCUCAGUGUGUAGGCACUCUGAGCACACACUGCAAUAAAUGUCACAGGAGGAGGAGGUAUUAAGGGGGGUUUCACUGGGCAGAAUACUGCCACUUCUUGCAGGUCUUUAUUGUUUUAUGUGCAAUACAAGAACGUGACAGUGAGCUCAACCCUGAGCCAAGGUCAUGAAUGUUGGCGAUAAGUGCUGCUAAGUUACAUAUUAUACACUCACCGGCCACUUUAUUAGGUACACCUGUCCAACUGCUUGUUAACACUUAAUUUCUAAGCAGCCAAUCACAUGGCGGCAACUCAGUGCAUUUAGGCAUGUAGACAUUGUCAAGACAAUCUCCUGCAGUUCAAACCGAGCAUCAGUAUGGGGAAGAAAGGUGAUUUGAGUGACUUUGAACGUGGCAUGAUUGUUGGUGCCAGAAGGGCUGGUCUGUGUAUUUCAGAAACUGCUAAUCUACUGGGAUUUUCACGCACAACCAUCUCUAGGGUUUACAGAGAAUGGUCCGAAAAAGAAAAAACAUCCAGUGAGCGGCAGUUCUGUGGGCGGAAAUGCCUUGUUGAUGCCAGAGGUCAGAGGAGAAUGGCCAGACUGGUUCGAGCUGAUAGAAGGGCAACAGUGACUCAAAUAACCACCCGUUACAACCAAGGUGGGCAUAAGAGCAUCUCUGAACGCACAGUACGUCGAACUUUGAGGCAGAUGGGCUACAGCAGCAGAAGACCACACCGGGUGCCACUCCUUUCAGCUAAGAACAGGAAACUGAGGCUACAAUUUGCACAAGCUCAUCGAAAUUGGACAAUAGAAGAUUGGAAAAACGUUGCCUGGUCUGAUGAGUCUCGAUUUCUGCUGCGACAUUCGGAUGGUAGGGUCAGAAUUUGGCGUCUACAACAUGAAAGCAUGGAUCCAUCCUGCCUUGUAUCAACGGUUCAGGCUGGUGGUGGUGGUGUCAUGGUGUGGGGAAUAUUUUCUUGGCACUCUUUGGGCCCCUUGGUACCAAUUGAGCAUCGUUGCAACGCCACAGCCUACCUGAGUAUUGUUGCUGACCAUGUCCAUUCCUUUAUGACCACAAUGUACCCAACUUCUGAUGGCUACUUUCAGCAGGAUAAUGCGCCAUGUCAUAAAGCUGGAAUCAUCUCAGACUGGUUUCUUGAACAUGACAAUGAGUUCGCUGUACUCAAAUGGGCUCCACAAUCACCAGAUCUCAAUCCAAUAGAGCAUCUUUGGGAUGUGGUGGAACGGGAGAUUCGCAUCAUGGAUGUGCAGCCCGCAAAUCUGCGGCAACUGUGUGAUGCCAUCAUGUCAAUAUGGACCAAACUCCCUGAGGAAUGCUUCCAGCACCUUGUUGAAUCUAUGCCACAAAGAAUUGAGGCAGUUCUGAAGGCAAAAGGGGGUCCAACCCGUUACUAGCAUGGGGUACCUAAUAAAGUGGCCGGUGAGUGUAUGUUUAGAGGGAAAUCUUGGAGCCAAAAAUGUAUUAUGUCUUUUAAAGUAUCUAUUUUGAAAAACUAUAAUGUUAUUUCUAGAUGUAGACGAGCAUGAUUCUAUCAAUGUGUUUUCCAAAGCUUUAAUGUACUUUUUUUCCUCUGCAGAGAAUUUUCCCCCCCCACACAACAGCAAAGACUGUUUUAAUAACUUAAAGCCAAAUGUGUGCAUGUAUUUAAGCAACAAAAACCGGCACUCAUCUGUUAGUUGGUGUUGAUAUGAAACCAGACUUUAUCCUACAAUGGUUGAUUCUGACGUAGUCUGCUUUGAUUAACGUCGGCGCACUUGCAGAUCUUGGCACGUGGCGGCCGUGGUUAUUUGUUAUUUCUGAAACGGCACUUGACUUCAGUCUUACAUAAAAAGGGCCUUAAAUGUUUCUUGACUGUUUUUGUGAGACAUUUACGCUUAGAUCAGUGAAAGCCGAACGCUGUACUGCUUCUUUGCUAAAGGGAAUUAGAAUUAAAACAUUUCAUCUGUUCUCAAAUUGACACUUCUCCUGUCUUAGCUCUUCAUUUUUCUACAAGGGUCUUCCUGCCUUCCUGCACAAACCAGAGACUGUACAGUUUUUUUAUUAUCUUUUGUAAAUUAUUAUGAAAAUACUGUGUAUUAAUAUUGCAGUUGUUGAAAACAGUUUAGGUCCUUUUUCAAUAAAAAAAAACUAAAAAUGAA